CCCCACCGACUCAAGCCGGGCAAGCCCUACUACUUGCAGUGAGCUCUAGACCAACGAAUUCAAGUCUGAACUCAUUGCUCUAGACUUCAAACAUAACCUGUAAACUAAAACAAUCUUCACUGACGUUUCAUGGGGCAUUUAAACUGUGACAUUGAAAUCACAAUGUGCGGUGAUAUUGGCUUGAUUGAUAACUAGAGGAUCACAAAAAUCAAAAAAUAGCAUCAUGAAGGAGGUGAUUGAAACCCGUAGCGCUGCAGAGAAUAGCAAUGAUUUUGCUAAUAAUAAUGGGACCUCCAGUGGAAAUACUGGAAAUGCUAAUGCUAGCAAUGAGACAAGGAGAUAUGCAGUGCUAAGUACAGAGUGGAUGGGUGCAAUUGCCGAAGAACUUGGAAUGCAUCCACUUCCAGAUCCGUUGCUUCGUAAGCUUGCCGAAGAUGCUUCGUACAGGCUUCGAGAGGUUUUACAUAAAUGUGUUACCAGGCUCAAGCACAGCAGACGAAAACGGCUUACUUCUGUUGAUGUAAAUGCAGUUUUGGCUACCCUCUGUGAUGCCGAUCCAGUCUUGGGAGUUCCGGCACAGCUACCUGAGUAUCUCUCUGAAGCACGUGUUUUUGUGCCCAGAGAACGAACUGUCAAUCUUGUAGAAAGAGCAACCAAUUCUUUACAUCUGACACAGACCAAUUUGCCUUUGUUAAAAGAGACUGAAAUUAGUGAUACAAGACUUGCGGAGGCUAGACAGAAUUACGCAAAACGAGCUCUUAAAACCCUGUUCAAUGGGUCUCAAAAAACAUUUCAGGUACUUCUUAAUGACUGCUCAAUCAAUCCGGAUUUAGGAGGACUAGGAGUUGUAGAUAAAUUGAUAUCUAUAGCCCGUGCAUCUAUUAUAUCGAGUCAUGCUCAAUGUACACGAGCCUCGACAAGGACCUGCCACUUAAUUAUUGCUGUAGCCAAUAACAGUCAUACUGUUUAUCCUCACCAAUUACAAACCGUGGAUAAACUGACAGAACUAUUGCUCGAACUGUUGUUUGGGAAAAGUAUUCUGAAUCCAAAUCUAGAGUCACUGUUCAAAGACUGUGUUCUUAAACUAAUGUUACGGUGGCCAGCAACAGCUCAUCGGUUCGUGCCUUUCCUAGAGUCAGUUUUGCUCAGAGAUGACGUUGAGCUUUUCCAGAUUGAUAUAAAAAAGCAAAUGGCUGCGGAACUUUUAGCUGGUGUGCAGCCCCUGCAGCUUUAUCACCUCCAGAAUAGCGUACCACAAUCUUUCGAAAAUAUUCUUGAACAUGCUGUGCCUGGUUCCGUCCUUUGGCAGCGGUUAGCGCUAUCCGUAUGCGCUAUUUCAAAAUCAGGACGACACGACGUUAAUGUGUCGCUGGUUAUGAAGCAUUUUGGUGAUUCUAUACUGCCAUACCUGGCUUAUGAUAAGUCUGAUUCGAAACUCAAAAAUAAUAUUCCCACCAAAGCUCCACUCCCGAUUAUCGUGAGGAGCAAAAUUAAAUACGCAGCGCUUAAAUCGCUGCAGUCUGUUAAUAAGGCUUCUGGAGAUAUUAAACAGACGGCAUUCGCCGAUUCAACUCUUCGUGGAUCACGCAGAGAAAUACGCUUUGCUUUUGCGGGUGGCCGACCGGUUCCUUCAAACAGUUUGAGACGGGCAAGCUUGAGAGCGAAUUAUCAAAUUCUGAGGAGUGAAAUACGCGCUACCUUCGCCCUCGUAGCAUCAAGAAGGUUACUCGUUGUUGUGAACAAAAACCCCGCCCCCCCAAGGAGCUACGACUUGGCUAACACGAUGAUUUAACAAGUUCGCAAAUUUAUUCUGCAAAUUUUUUAUCCAACCGAUUACGCUGUAAAUGUAAAAUCGUUUUUUCCCUCAAAUAAUUUCCCGUUUCCAACGUUUAUUGGUAGCGAGAAAAAUUAGUAAAAUAUUGUGAGCUAGUAACGGAUCAUCGUCUUCGACUACCCUUCGUAUAGGUGCCGCUUUGAAUGUCGGCCCUUGAUUUCUGUGGGAAUUCAAUAUGGAUUUGUGAAUUCGUUGAAUUAACACGAAAUGAUGGCGUGUGCGCAACGGUUUAUUUUGAGGUCCCCGCAGGAUCUAAAGGGAAGCUUCCACUCCCCAGUUUCCAAUCCCCAGAGUUUCCUGCAGUUUCCCCGAUUAUUAUAGGUGGCGGAAUAAGGAAGAAGGUAUGCCAUCAGGGACAAUGUGUGUGUGCGGAACUGUCGUUGGUUGUGUUAGUGGGGGUGGCCCGGAGAAAUAAUUUUCGUUAUAAACUGGAUCCAGUUUGUGUUGAACCGCAAUAAAAUUGAGAAAUAAAAAAAAAUUCCAUCUA